AUGCUGAUCCAGGUAAAGUAUGGUGACCGGCACAAGUAUGUGAAAUUGGAUGAGGCUGAGGGGCAGUUCGACUUUCAUCAGUUCCAUGAGAAAGUCUUGGAAAGAUUUUGCCUGCCACCUGAUGCAAGCAUUACAUACAAGGAUGCAACAGGAACUGAAGUUGAUGGAGAAAUAUUCAGUGACCUCAUUAUACAAGGCAAUGUGCUGCUGAUAGUCUUGUGCAAUGAAGAAUUGUCUGAAUCAAGUUUCAGCUCCAAUGCAUCAACAUCAACAAUAUUGAUGGAUGAGAUCCCACGCAAGAAGCAAAAAACUGAGAGUGCUAAUGUUGCAGUGUCAGCUAAAAAGCUGGUUGAAGGUGUCCUACGAAGCAAGUCUGGCGGUGAAGAAGUACUGCAGGAGUAUGAAACAACUGAAACCUUAACUGAUGCCACAAGAAGACAAAUGGUGAACAUAUUAGUGGCUCACAUGAUUGAUAAACAUGGGCAUCUCCCUACUAAAGCAAUCCGAGAGGAGUAUGCCCUGGGGAUAGUGACACUCUUCCCAUCCCUCAAGGAUCCAUAUACCAAGAAAGGCUAUGAACACUUUUAUGAUGCAGCAAGCAGCACAGGAUACAUUUCGUGGCGCCUUAAAACGGUCAAAAGGAAGAUUCGAAAAGGGUCACCUGUGCCACCAAGUAGCUCCAGUGAAAUUUCAUCUGGAGGCCCCAAUGUCCAGAGAGCUGUUAAUGUUGAAAUCCAGCUUUUUGGGGAUGCCUGCCAGGAGGCCAUAUCUCUGCUUAAUCACACCACUGACAGGACCCUGGUUUUUCAGAAGAUGAGAGAGACUUUUCAGCAUCGUCAGAAGCUUAUCAAAGAUACCAACGGAGGAACAGAUAUUCUGAAAACCUUCCCACGGUUCCUGGAUACAAAAGGACUGGUUGAACAAGACUUCAGUCUUCUGUUUAAUGAAGACACCUCCUCCAGACUGUUGCAGAAGUGGGAUGGGUUCUUCAAGCCAAAUGUCAUCAAGGAGGCAAAGCGGCUCACUUCAACACCUGAGUUAAGAAGUUUGGUCCAGUCAGCAGAACGAUCUCCAGGAGAUGAUCAAGAUGAGGCAUCUGCAUAUGACCAAGAAAUGGCCUCCUUGUUGCUGCUCAUACAUCUCCUUCCACCACCACCAGGAGGACAAAGGUCUCCCAAAAUUAGUGCCUGUGAUGCAGUGGAGAGACUUGUUGUCUUUCAUAAGUCCUGCUGCAGUUUGGAGGAACAUCUCCAGAGUCAGCUGGGUCGGCAGCCAUACCUCCUUGCUGUUGGGCGUCAGAGGAGCAAGAUUGAAAGCUUCUACAUUGUCAUGGAUAAGAGCCUCAUCCCAUGCCAGGCAAACCGAUCUCUUGGAGCAUUUGAUGAGUUAUUCAAAACACACUUUGUGUUUAAUGUCUCUUAUGAUGCUGCACUGGUGAGUUUUUAUACAUUCAUCCAGACAACAGUGUAUAACAUUGAUGUAGGCAAAAUGAAGGAGUCACCCAGAGUAAGGGACUUGAGAGCGAGGCUGCUUAACCAGCCAGUUGUGCUCUUCUGUGAAUAAGUCAGGCAAAAAAAUAUGUUGACCUGUUUUAUGUGUCAGAAACUGAUUCCAAGCAGUCAGCUGUUGAUUUCCCAUUUAAGAGUUGAGCAUAGCUACUAUCCUGGACCAAAGUUUAAAUUAUUUUGCUCUCAGCAAGGCU